UUGGUUCAGUUGCCUGUGCGUCAGAGCCAAAAAGCUGCCGCGAGGCGUUCAAGUUCAAAAACAACUUUGUGGUUGAUCGUGUUGACUCCACGGCUUUUUUUUUUUUUUUUUUUUUUUUUUCCCCCGUGUGCUCCAGCUGAUGCUGAGAUGAAGGCGAAACCCUGCCUGCGCCUGGCACGCACACGGGGACGCAUGGCGCAUCUCUGUUGAGAAGGACGGACACAGUGGAAGAAAGGUCAAUUUGGAGUGCAACAAACGGAUAAGAUCCAUCCAAAACUUUUGAAGAGUCAUGCUGAGCACAGUGAAUAAUUUUAUUCUGCGUUUUCACCACCACUAAUGGUCGACUGCGCUUUGCGCGCAGCGGAUGAGAGUCGAGUGUGUUGCUUUGUUUUCGGGGGAAUGCUGUUUGGCACAGCACGGAUAACCGCUGCUUAACUUGGCUUGGCUUUCUUGGCACAUAUGAAGAUCCUGUCCAGGAUGUUACAGCGGCCCAGACAUCAUUGGGCCACUGCGCGCUACCAUCACCACAUAUCACCACAUAUCUGGGGGUCCUGCUCUCUGUAGGAUUUAUCUGCCCUCCACCCUCUGGAGGAAGAGUCUUAUCCAAAAAGUGAUUUGGUGAACAAUUGACAUUGGCGUUAGGAGUCUCAUCUCUGGGCUACUAUGCAAUUACAACUGAUCUCCUUUGCUUGGAUCAUCUGGCACUGCAUGGAAUACACUGGUGGUCAGCAGCACAGCAGCUCCAGGCACCGACAGCAUAAACAGAUUGCUGGUGUGAGUUCAGGAUGUCAGCAGGGUGGCUGCCUGACCUGCUCCGACUACAAUGGCUGCCUUUCCUGCAAACCGCGUUUCUUCAUGCAUUUGGAGAGAAUUGGGAUGAAGCAGAUCGGGGUGUGCAUGACUUCCUGUCCUUCAGGCUUCUACGGCACUCGCUCCCCAGAUAGAAACACCUGCACGAAGUGCAGGUCAGAGUGUGAUUCCUGCUUCAACAAGAAUUUCUGCACGCGCUGCCGAGCAGGAUUCUACCUUCACCUGGGCAAGUGCCAGGAAAGCUGUCCCGAUGGGCUCGUUCCCAGCGAAGCACAGCGGGAGUGUGUUCCCAAGUGCCAUACAGAGUGUGAACUGUGCAUGAACAGCGAGACGUGCAUACGUUGCCAGCCAGGCCUGUACAAGCUCAGUGGGAGGUGUCACCACGUCUGUCCAGAGGACUACGAGCCCAAUGACAAGCUCAUGGAGUGUUCAUCACAAGUCCACUGUGAGGUGGGUGAGUGGAGCGAGUGGAGUCCAUGCUCUCGCUCCGGUAGAACCUGCGGGUUCCGACGGGGCCAGGAGACGCGCACAAGGCAGGUCCUUCAGUACCCGUCAUCCUUGGGCAGACCGUGCCCGGAGAUCUCAGAGAUCAAAGAAUGCUUGGUGAAGAGGAGGAAAUGUCCAGGAGGACUGCGGAAGAAGUGACCGACGGGAGCGGAGGAACCGCAACCGCAAAGACAAGGAGAACCAAGACCGGCCGGCGGGAGAGAAGAGAGAACGGGACCGAGAGAGGGAGAGAGACCUGGACGAGCGUGAAGACUCUGACAGCAGGAACAAAACCGAGCACAGACGUCGCAGAGACCAAGAGCUCCAUCCGGUCCCGCCUGAGGAUGACUCGGCGCAGUAAGGAGGGAACGCCUGCGGGCGCGCCUUCACAUUUCGGCUCCUCGUCCUCCUCACUCCUGCCCACUGUUUGCCCCCAGUGGUGCUGCUGCUACCUGUACGGUUUGAAAAUACUGUUUCUGCACGUUUGGCAUAUUCAGCCACAAGGUUUGGAUUUUUUCUUCCCCGUAUUCACACCCGCCACCGAGUGUCUCUUUUGGGUUUUUAUUUUUUAAUGCACAAGGCGCUGCUGAGACUGCUGUUAGGACGGAACCAAAAAAGUGAAAUAUGUGAUUGCAGAGGACACAAAGACAAAGAUGUCAUGUUAUUUAAGGGGCGACCUGCUACAACAAUGCGCAUCCUGGUUUUUCUGAAUGUAGAUUUUUUAUUCCCCCCCCCAACAUUAUUCUGUAGAAUCGUUUGUUUAUUAUUGUUGUUCCUGUACUUUAGAUCUCUAUUUUAUUUUGGUGCAGAGUUUGUAAAGACAAAAUUUAAAAAGUGAACUUGUGCUCGCCAUCUUCGGGCGUCUUUUUGAGUCUUGAUAAAUGAUGGACGUGGGUGUGAUGAGUGCUGUGAAUACAGACAGACUGGAGGCACAAAACCCAAAAACCGCGAGCUCCAUGAGUGUAUGUGUGUGCGUGUGUGUGUGUGUGUGUGUGGGGGGGGGGGGUCGUGUUUUACCAGAUUAACUGAUGAAAUUGUGUCUUGUUGUGUAAAUGGAUUUUGUUCUCACCGACUAGGAACCAAACGCACCUGUAUGUCAAAUAAAACUAUAAUGGGUUUGUAA